CACACACUUCCUCCGCCUCCGCCCCCUCCCCGCGAAAGCCUCCGCCACCCGUUACCGGCCGCAACCCCCGCUCCGCUACCGCCCAUGGCGAAGCCACCGCCGGCGCCUCACCGCGCCAACCGCGCGCCGCCGGGCCUCUGCGCCCUGCCGGCCAUCUCCUACAACUCCCACCGGGGCCUCGUCCUGGGCCUCACCUUCGUCGCCUACGCGCUCUACCACGCCUCCCGCAAGCCGCCCAGCAUCGUCAAGCGCGCGCUAUCCGAGGCGUGGCCGCCCUUCCACGACCCGGCGCUCCUCGGCGAGACCGACGUCGCGUUCCUCGCCUUCUACUCCCUCGGCAUGUUCGUCGCGGGCCACCUCGGCGACCGCCUCGACCUCCGCCUCUUCCUCGCCGUCGGCAUGAUCGGGAGCGGCACCGCCGUCGCGCUCUUCGGCGUCGGGUACUUCCUCUCCCUCCACUCCCUCGCCUUCUACCUCGCCGCCCAGGUGAUCGCCGGAUUGCUCCAGUCCACCGGCUGGCCCUCCGUCGUCGCCAUCGUCGGCAACUGGUUCCGUGGGCGGAGGCGCGGCCUCAUCAUGGGGAUAUGGAACGCGCACACCUCCAUCGGGAACAUCAGCGGCUCCCUCAUCGCCGCCGCCGUGCUCCGCUACGGGUGGGGGUGGUCGUUCAUCGUGCCGGGCCUGCUCAUCGCGUUCGGUGGCGUUCUCGUGUUCUUCUUCCUCGCGCCUUACCCGGAGGACCUUGGCUUCUCUCCGACGACGCUGCCCAAGGCAGUGAGUGAGGCGAGCACCGACGAGGAGGACAGCAGCAGCAGCGCGAGCGCCGCCGGUGGCGCCGGGAAGGAGGAGAGGAGGGACGCCGUGGGGAUGUGGAAGGCGUUCGCGAUUCCUGGCGUCAUCACCUUCGCGCUCUGCCUCUUCUUCGCGAAGCUGGUCGCCUACACGUUCUUGUACUGGCUUCCUUUCUACCUGAGCCAGACGGCUAUUGGAGGCAAGGAAAUGUCAGUCACGUCUGCUGGGUAUCUCUCAGCUUUGUUUGAUGUAGGUGGAAUCAUUGGUGGAAUUCUUGCUGGGUUCAUAUCUGAUCAUCUCAAUGCAAGGGCCACCACGGCAGCAAUCUUCAUGUACUUGGCUAUUCCAUCUCUUUACGCCUUCCAUGCAUAUGGCAGUACUUCAGAAGUGGCAAACAUUGGCUUGAUGAUGAUCAGUGGCUUGUUUGUUAAUGGACCUUAUGCUCUCAUAACAACUGCAGUUUCUGCCGAUCUGGGAACCCACAAAUCUCUUAAGGGGGAUUCCCGUGCGUUGGCCACCGUCACAUCAAUUAUAGAUGGAACAGGAUCGCUUGGUGCUGCCUUAGGUCCAUUCAUUACAGGUUUUAUUUCAAAACGUGGAUGGGAUUCAGUUUUCACAAUGCUUAUAUUUUGUGCAUUAGCUGCCGGCGUCUUAUUGUCACGUAUUGUGAAGUCUGAAAUUGUUCAUAUCAUUCAGAAUCGGAGAAAUCACACACUUGACAUGCAUAACAGAACUGCAGAUUCUGGUGCUCAACCACUUUUAGAAGGAGACACUUGAAGUCGAGGCAGUUCAUAUGAGCUGGUGGUGUGGAAUACAGUUUUGCAAUGCUGCCGUGAUUGGGAUAUGCAACAGUUGAUUCUAGAGAAAGGCAAACUAGAUCGAGCUUAUGAUCUCAGUUUCUACAGCUUGGUGCUUACGAUCACAGCAAGCAACAUGAUCGCGGUGGCAUUUGUAGGUUUUGUUUCGUCAGAGGAAAAUAUAGUCAUCGGUUCAUUAUCCAUGGUGACAUUCUUUUAGUAUGCAAAUGUGUUGUAGUAACCAUGUUCUUUUUUCCUCGUAUCACGGUUUAGGUGCUAGAUGAACAUAGAUAUACACCAAUAUCUGCCUCUCCCAAGUACUGGUCCUGAAGGCUGUGUACAUAAUGUUUACUGCUAUUCGUAUCGCGGUCAUCAACAUCGGUGAAGAGAGAUCCUGAUGUAGCGCCUCUGCUUAUGUAUUAAGUAUUUCAGGUUACUCUUUUGAAAAAUCUCUCAGGUCAGAA